UUCAACCCAACUGAAAAAAACAAGGCAAAAAAACCUCCAAGAAGAUAUACAAAACAUAAAUAUAAAGCUUAAUCAUGCCUACUUAUCCUACAAAAAUGAACACCUCGUCCCAUCAGGUGAGAUCAUUAAGCUUACCAUCAAAGUUGAAUCAUAUCAACCAACAAAUCGAGCACGAGUUGAAAAGGCUUAGAAUCAAAGAAGAAGCAUCAACUUCAUCCUCGGAGAGUGUCAUCAUUGGUGUAUCAGGACUUGCAGAGUUGUACGGGUGUAUCAACCGAGCUUUGAGUCUUCCAAUGACUCAACAAGCUCUUUCACUUCGCCAACAUGAGAAGCAUGUUGGUGAGUUGUUGAAGAAAUGCUCGAGCCUUCUCAAUGUUUGCAACUCGAUUAAGGAGGUUUUAUUGCAACAAGGAGCAAUCACCAAGGAGGUUGAAUCCGCUCUUUCUCAUAGGAAAGGCGAAAGCCAAAACAACAUUGUUAACUAUAACUCCUCGAGGAAGGAGGUAAUUAGGAAAUCUAAGGAUGUACUUUCCUCCUUAAAUCAACUCAAUGCUCAAGUCCUCGGAGAAGAUGAUUGUCAUUCAUCAACAGUGAUCAAAUCUCUUCGAUGUGUUAGCAUCAUAAACUUAUCUGUCUAUGAAUCACUGUUGUCUUUCUUAUCAAUGCCGGUGUCUAAGCCAAAAAGAUCACUAGUAUCUAAGCUGAUGAACAAAGGAAAGGGUAAAUGUGAGAGAGGAAACGAGAUUUAUGAUGUUGAUAUGGUGUUGCAUGAGAUGAUUUCAGGGAAAACAGUAGAUGAUGCGAAGUUGUGUUUCACAGUAGGUAAAUUGAAGGUGUUAAUGGGUGUUAUGGAGGGCAUGGAAAAUGGCUUGGAAAGCAUGUACAAAGAGCUGUCUGAAACAAAAGUCUUUCUUAUGAACAUAUUAUCUUUUUAGCUUUUCAAGUGCAUAAAAUU